AUGAGGAAGGCUUCUUUUGGCGUAGCAUCUCUUCUUGUCAUCAUCAUGACUGUAGCUUCUUGUGUAUCAAACUCAGCAGCACAAUUUGAGGCCGACGGGAAAUGUUCCCGUGACAUAGAGUGUGUAUUCGAAUGCAAACAUGGUGGCUUUUGUGACUUAAAAACGGGACGCUGCAGUUGCUUGCCCGCCCAAGAGCAAGCGGCCGCUGCCGCCAAGAACGUCGUAUCCAUCGUGGAUGCCAAUUGCCGCCGAGACCCAGACUGCGCCAAGGUCUGUCCACGAGGUUGCAAAAUCACCAACUGUCUAAAUGGCACUUGUUUCUGUGAGUGUUAG